AAUCCUUGCAACAGAAAGAAACCUUUUUAUACUGGCGUUACCUGUGUAAAACCUCCUCCGAGCUCCGGUUCAUAACAAUCAUCAUUGAUUGUGGUUAAGGAAUCAGGCGAUUCGAUGGAAAAAGAUGGUACUUGGAUACCUUUAACACCAGGAAAGCCUAUUUUCGCUACGUUUGGAUAUAGCAACGAGUCGACAUUGACUUCUGAAAAUGGAAUUAUAAAGGGAAUUUUAAAUGUGGCGUUUCCGUGUAUAGAUUUACUUGACAGUAACAGACUUAUGGAAAAGGGAGGAAUGAAUGAGACCCAUAAGUUGCCAGCUAGCAUUCUUGAUGAACAUGAAGCAUUUUUUGGUGCGGUUUUAACUGAAUCUGAAAAGACGGCAUUGGGUCAGGAUGACACAAGCUGUGUACAAGAGGAGGCAGUAAAAGUUCCUUCAGGGUGUGAUGGUAAAAAGGCGGCGGAUGGUCUUGAUGAGUCACUUGGCUCAGUUCCAACUCCAUUUAGGACAGAAGACUCCAGGAAAAGGCGUAAUAAUGGUAUUGACUUGAACAAGAAGCCAAGUCAAAGACCGCGGGUGAAAAAACACAGACCUAAAAUAUUCGAUGAAAGCAAACCUAAAAGAGUCCCAAAGGUUCAAACUCCAAAGGGUACGACCCCACGACCAAAAAAAACACCAAAGCCUGCAACUCCAAAUCGGGUACAAGAAAAGAGCGCGAGCUCGAAACAUAAUAAAGAUACAGGAUCGACGGAUUGUGUGCAAAAUUUUGCGAGUCAUGGACAUGUAGACGCUGAGCAAGUCGUCCAAGAAGCUGCUAGGGAUUCAUUAGUUGUUGCUAAACGAUGCAACCGUUACUUGGAUUUUGACUCUGAUCUAGUUGCUCAAGAGUCUCAUAAUGUGUCAAAAAUACAAGACUCCAGGAGAAUUUUUUUUAACCUUGAAAGUUUCGGUUGUCUUGGUAAGAUUGUUACUUCCAAGAGAAAUACACCAAGGAGGAGUAAAUUUCCAAAGAAGACUCAUCAAGCUUCAGAGGAUUUGUUUGGAGGUAAUGACAAGGAGAAACAUGAGCAAGCUUUUUGCUUUACAAGAGAAGAAGCAGCUGGAAAAAGUAGUAGUAAAUAUGUUUACUUUUAUCAACGCCGAAAGAAAAUUAAUUCAAAAGUAAUAAGUUACACCCCUACAGUGCAAGUAUAUCGUAGGACGUUUCGAGAAAAUAACUGUGUUGAAAAUAGUAAAAAGAUCGGACCCAAUUUUCCAAAACUAUUCAAGCAACGAAGGACGUUUGGAAAAAAAGCAAAUAUAGGUUGGUGGUGCAUAGACCGUGUUGAAGAUGCGCAGGGUAAUGGGAAAAGCUCACUUAGAAAGUGCAUUCAAGCUACCAGUAAAAAGGUACAUAUUAAGGUCGAUAAAUCGAAAGAUAAAAAACGACUGGUGAAAAAGCCUGAAAUCCCGAGAGGAGAAUGGCUUAGAAGUGUAUUUUCACCUCCUAGAAGGAAGCGAUCCAUAAGGCAGAUUCGUAGGAUGGGAAAUAACAAGGACUUUCUUGGUUCUAGCAGAAUGCCUUAUGAUGAUGAUACAUACCUUAAAUGUCAAGAGGAAUACUCUCUUCAGAUUACAGACAGUCUCCCACAGCAAGAUGUUGAUAUAUGCCUUAACUGUGAGGAGAAUUUUCUUCAGAUCACAGAGAGCCUUCGACUGCAAGCUGAUUAUAUAGAUAUCAACUGUGAAGAGGAAAAUUUUCUUCAAAUUACAGAAAGUGUCCCAGUACACGAGGUUCUGAUCCAUAGGAUUGAAAGUUUUACCUCACUGCACCGUGAUGUUCAACGAAUUGAUGAUUUUGUAUGCGGUCUAAACAAUUUUCAGCUACAAGAGGUUCCCGUGUUUCAAAGUCUGGUACCCAGAUAUGAGGAUGCCAAAGAUAGACGUCCUCUAUAUGAACGAGAAAUGACUCUAAUUGUAACAGAGAAAAUGGCAAGGCUAGACAUCAAUGGCCAAUGCAACAAACUAGUGGUACGAGAUCCAAAUGCUGCUGGGAGACUAGCAAGUCUAGACUUCAAUGAUCAGUGCAAGGAACUAGUGGUACGAGAUGAAAAGGUCAAUGGGGCCAUUGUGAAGGUAUCUCCUACCAAGAAGCAUAAAGUGCUUCCCAAGGUAGAUCUUGACAAGGAGACUUUGAGAGUUUGGAAACUGUUGAUGGAGAAUGAUGGAAGUGAACAACUUGAAGAAACUGAUAAAGAUAAGAAUGAAUGGUGGGACAAACAGAGAGAAAUAUUUCGUGGACGUGUGGACUCAUUUAUUGCCAAAAUGCAUCUUAUUCAAGGUGACAGGCGUUUCUCACCAUGGAAGGGUUCAGUAGUUGAUUCGGUGGCUGGUGUUUAUUUAACUCAAAAUGUGUCCGACCAUCUUUCAAGCUCUGCUUUUAUGUCGGUGGCUGCAAGAUUUCCGGUUAAGCCCAAAAGUAAGAAAGCUGAUGAUUACUUUGAUGAAGUCGGAACUAGAAAAGAAUCAGUCACAUGUAAUACAAAAGUUACUGAAGAUCUCUGUAAGAAUAAUGGAAUGGAACAAGAUGUGAUUACUUCAUGUGCUGAUGCAUUUUCAACCACAGAACCUCAACAAGAUGUGGAUUCAAAUCCAAUUCUGGGUCAAGAUGAGCCGUAUGCCAAUGAGAAUUCUAAUACUUUCCGAAAGCGUCUAGAAGUUGAGGAGUUCGACUUUCUCAAGCAGUUUUCUAGCCAGGAAUCAAUUGCAAGUAAUAACGAAGGUGGUGAAAACUUCCUUAAGAACAACGACAUAGAACAAAAUGAGAGUACUAAAUGUGACGAGUUUGGUAGCCAAGAAUCAUUCACCAGUACAACAAAAGAUGGUGAAGAUCUCUUUAAGGAUAAUGAAAUGAUACAGAAUGUGAGUCCUGCAUGUGCUGAUGUCACUCCAACCACGAAACGUCAACAAGAUACGACUUCUGACUCAAUUUUGGCUCAAGAUAAGCCUUGCAUCAAUGCAAAUACUAAUACUUCAGGCAUGCUGCCAGGAGUUCAGGAGGUGGAUUAUCCCAAGGAGUUUUGUAGGUCUGGCAUUAAUGAAUCAUCAAUAAAUGAGAGCAUGGUUAAUUGGGAUCUGAAAACAAGCAUAGUAGAAGGUGAAGAGCAAACUGUAGUAUCUUGUGAUCUUCAGAUUUCCUCCGAACCUUCUACAGCUAUUUCUGAUGUGAAUGUGGGUUCAUCUGAGACUUCAGAAAGAGAUUUCAUUGGUCAAUUAGAGUCGAUUUGUACAGAAGAACCAAAGGUUGUAACUCCAGUUUCUAGUCUCAAAUGUGUACUCAACAUUGCACAAGGGGUAAAUGAUGUAAACAAUCAUCAGGGCAUGACCGAAAUACUCGUAGAAACUGGAAGCACGGGAAAGAAGAAAAGUAAAAUUGAGAAGAAGCAAGAAUCCAAAAUUGACUGGGAAGCAUUGAGGAAAACUUAUUGCAGAUAUGGCAGAAGAGAAACUGAUGAUAAUUUCAUGGAUGCAGUUGAUUGGGAUGCAGUUAGACGCGCUCCUGUUGAAGAACUUGCUAAAGUCAUAGCGGAGCGAGGAAUGAAUAAUGUGCUAGCUGGACGAAUAAAAGACUUUUUGGAUAGAGUUUAUCAAGACCAUGGAGCUAUCGAUCUUGAAUGGUUAAGGGACCUUCCACCCGACACAGCAAAGGAAUUCUUGCUGAGCAUUGAUGGAAUCGGUUUAAAGAGUGUGGAGUGUGUACGACUUCUAACGCUACAUCAUCUUGCUUUUCCUGUUGACACAAAUGUUGGUCGAGUAGCCACACGUCUAGGGUGGGUCCCACUACAACCCCUUGGUGACGUUCCAAUUCAUCUUUUGAACGCUUACCCAAUGGUGGACAAGAUUCAGAAAUACCUCUUCCCCAGGCUAUGCACCCUUGACCAAAGAACAUUGUAUGAAUUACAUUAUCAGUUGAUCACAUUUGGAAAGGUAUUUUGCACCAAAGUAAAACCAAAUUGCGAUGCGUGUCCGAUGAGAGCAGAGUGCAGGCAUUAUGCAAGUGCAGUUGCUAGUGGUAGGCUCAAACUUCCUGCACCGAAGGAAGGUAGUCAUGUAACUUCAAUCGUCCCUGUUGGAAAUGAACAAAACUAUUCAGUGUUUGGUAUACCACCAUCAAUCAUUGACCUGGAAGUCAACGAAACAAGUUCAAGUUAUUAUGGUCAAACUUGUGAACCCAUAAUUGAAGUUCCACAAUCCCCCAUGCCUGAAGUGGAAGACACAUUAAUAUCUGUAGAUGACAUUGAAGAUUUAUUUUGUGAGUCGGAUGAUGAAAUUCCCACAAUCCGACUUAACACGGAAGAGUUCAGGGAAACUUUAAAAGAUACUAUAGAUGCAAAUAAAAUUCCUCUCUCAGAGGGUGAUAUGUCGAAAGCUCUAGUUUCUUUGUCAGCAGAAGCUGCUACCUUUCGUAUGCCACAAGUUAAGUAUGUAGCCAGAUUGAGGACUCUGCACGUUGUCUGUGAACUGCCAGACUUCCAUCCGUGCUUGGCUGGGUUUGAUGAGAGGGAACAUGAUGAUCCUUCCCCAUACUUGCUUAAGAUUUGGCUUCCAGGUGAAAUUCCCAAUUCAUUAGGAUCUGCUGAAAACAGAGUAUGUGAUAUCGCCAGCGAUAAUCAUGAAGAAACAGUUAAAGCAACAGUCCUGAUUCCUUGUAGAACUGCAAAUAGAGGGACAUUUCCCCUCAACGGCACAUAUUUUCAGGUCAACGAGGUGUUUGCCGAUGAUGAAACCACAAACUUUCCGAUGGAUGUUCCAAGAAGUCUGGUGCGGAAUUUGCCAACACGAGAACUAGGUUGUGGGUCAUCUGCAACAUCAAUAUUCAGAGCCCUGCCAACCAGUGUCAUUCAGCGCUUGUUCUGGAGAGGAUCGAUAUGUGUAAGAGGAUUCAAUAGAAAAACAAGAAAACCUCAUCCUCUUCACAGAAGAUUUCAUAUAUCAACAGCGGCGAUUGCUGCAGAAAACAAAAAGUUAGAGAAGAAAUAGUACUUGCAAGUAUUGAAAUAAUGUAGAUAAAUAGCUUUUAUAAGUAGAUUAUUCCACAAUUAGGAUUAACACAAAAGUAGGAAAACAACUGUUAGAUUCUUUUGCCAGAAUAGUAAAACGUGCAAUUAGUUUUUGAAUGUUCCUGAUCCAUCUAACAUAGUUUUAGUAAGUAGUCUUUCGAGGGCUUAGAAAGAAAUAAUACAGCCAUGUUUUAGCUCAA